AUGGCCUCCCAACCCACGAUCCGCCUCGCCAACCCCGAGGAUGUCCCCUACAUCCUCCAAUUCAUCCGCGAACUAGCCGACUAUGAAAAAGCCCUGCACGAAGUCGAAGCAACCGAGUCCUCACUCCUAGCAACGCUGUCCUUCCCCAACGACGCCCCCAAGCGCGGCUCCGUCUACACAGCGCUUGUAAUCCCCCCCGCCAGCGAAACAAAUCCCACCCCGGUCCCCGUCGGCAUGGCGCUGUACUUCUACAACUACAGCACAUGGCGUUCCGCGCCGGGAAUCUACCUCGAGGAUUUAUAUGUGCAGCCGUCAGCGCGCGGGAACGGGUAUGGCUUUUUGCUGCUUAAGUUCCUGGCCAAACAGGUUGUUCAAGCGAACGGAAGACGGCUGGAGUGGAGUGUGCUCAAGUGGAAUGAGCCGAGUAUUCGCUUCUAUGAGCAGGUGGGUGCUAAGGGGAUGGAGGAGUGGAUGAAGAUGAUGGUUGAUGGGGAGGCUUUGACAAAGUUGGCGGCGGGGGUUUAG